UAUUGUAAAGGUCACACAUGCUUUGCUACCAUGCUAGGGAGUUUCUAUGUAGUGAUGCCUAAAGCUUUAUUGCGAUCACUGUCAUGUGGAAACCUUUCUCCUUUCUGCGUUUAAAUGUGUACGAAAAAUACAGAGGUCGAACUCUGGAAGUUUGGACGCAGCAUUUGCAAAGGUGGUGCCGACCAUCAUGCUUCACCUUGCACAGAUCAUUUCCCUGAAGUCCUUGAAGCUUGCGGGAGUCCCUGCCAGUUCCUGAUGGGAUGAUGCCCACAGAAAAUGAAAGUCAGCUGGGUUUGGUGUCAGAGGCCUGUGUUUCCAGCAAUCAAGAAGGGGAAACAGUUGGAUUACAAGUUUAAAGCCUGCCUAGGCUACAGACUGAAUUCCAGGUCAGCCUGGGCAGCUUGGUAUGAACCUUUCUCAAAAUAACUAAAUUGGUCUGGGGAUGUAGUUCAAGGGCAGUCUUUAUUUGCUAUGUGCGAGUCCUGGGUGCCAUUCUCAAUUAACCCCCACCCAAACAAAACGAAAGAACAGAGAAAAGGCAUUUCAGACUAGGAAAUGUCAUAUGCCAGAUAGGGUGCAGCUUUCCAUAUUAACAUGCUCUUUUUAGCCUUUGUGGUGUUUUUCCAAGUCUCUCAGAUUUAUCUUUCACACCUCAGAAAAUAAAGGUUAGGCCUUGGUAAGAGGGUCCUUAGAUUUUGUUUAGGUUUUUUUUUUCCUGGAUAGGUCCAUAUUAGGGCAAAAAGAAAAUGGUAGCUUUGGAAAAUCAAGUAUUUUUAGGGAUCUGACCAAAAGUUCCAUCUUUUGCCCUAGCAAAAAUUUCUGAAAAUUUUACACAUUAUUUAUUCAUCCAGGGCAUCAGUGCCUCAGGCAUCUGGUAGCCUAGGCCAUGUGAUAUCAGGGAGAGUCCAGCAGAGGGAGACAGAGGCUAAAUAAGGUGUGGACCCCGGAUGACUUAACUCAGGUCUUCACAGUUUUUGAGUAAAUGAGGAUACAGAGCCACUCUAUCCAACCUUUUAGCCCGCCCAGUGUUGAAUACAAGUCGUCUGAAUAUGUUAAGGAUAGGCUGACUAAUGCGUUUUCAACUUCGGAAAACUGCAUGUAACCCCAUCCUCAACGGACGUGCCUAGUUUAGUCUGUGCUUGGAAACAGGCAUCCACCACCUGCACACGGUGAUGAAUGGCGGCAGAAAAGUAGGAGCCAGUGGAACGUGAGUGUAGGUCACGCGCCUAGUGGGGGACCGGAUUUACUUUGUCACCAAAUACAGCUGUCCGUUUCCUCAUCCUUCCUAGCCUUCUCUGUGAGGCCACAAACACUUUGAACUGCCAAAUACUCUUUGGCAGGGUGACCGGCUGGCCUCUAGUCACCUGCAGCAUUUCCCAGGCCUGUAUGCGGCGCUCAAGCCAAGGGACAGCCGAGGUAAGUCCCUGAGCUAGCUCCUGCGACACCCGUACAGCGGCUGGGGACUUGGUAGGAAGAGAUGGCUGCAAGGCGGGCCGUCCGUUGUCCCUUGGGAUUGGGCUCCUGGCGGCUGGGCGGGAUUCCGGCUAUGAUAUAAGAGAGCAGAGAGCCACUGUCCCAGCUGCAGCGCUGAAGGUGGAGCUGUGAAAGGGAGAUCAUCAGUUGUGCUCUUGCAAUCAGACCCAGCGAGACUGAAGAAGACAAGGUCUAAUUUCUAUAUAUAUAUAUUCAUGUACUUAGUUUUGAUAACUGGAAGGCAGGGUGGAUGUGAAGAUACGCCAAAGGCUCGUGCUGACCCGGAGCCCUAGACGUUUGGGAUCUAGAACUAGAGGAUCUAGAAUCUAGUAUUUCAGAGGAUCUAGGGAGGGAUCCACUGGACUCCAGGCGCCCAAACUCAACUGUUUUUCUCUGUGUUGCAGGCACGCUUCCAUCCGCCACGCUCAACCCCAGGCUACGAGGAUGAGGCUCCUCAGUCGACUCCGCUCCUCCGCUCCUGAGCCCGCCUUCUCCAACGUGCUCACCCCGGGCCGCAUCCCUGAGUUCUGCAUCCCCCCGCGGCUGCCGGUCCCCGGCGUUGCCGAGUCGCCGCAUGCGGCCGCCGCACUGCCUUGGCGCUGCGCGGCCGAACCCGACCUGUGGCCGCGCACCCCAACCGACCACGACGAUAACGAGUACGACCACGCGGGUCGCACCGACUGGGACCCGCGCUCACAAGCCGCACUCUCGCUGCCGCACCUGCCCCGCGCACGCACCGCCUACGGCUUCUGCGCGCUGCUCGAGAGCCCGCACACGCGCCGAAAGGAGUCGCUCUUCCUCGGCCACCCAGGAGUUCCCCGGCCCGGACUUCGCCGCCGCGCGCACACCUACGCGGGCCCGCGGCCAGCCUCGGACUCUGCGCGUGCCGCCCCGAUUGAUCUGGACACUGCCCCGCCACCUGCUCCUGUGCCCCGCGUGCGUCGCCUCCUGCGCGCCUCGGAUGGGCUGCUGAGCCGCGCGCUGCGGGCCCCUCGAGGUCGGGCCAGUGCGCGCCCCGCGCCCAGUGGAGACAAACAGGAGAGCGCCGCCUCCUGCGCGCCCCCGGACCCCACCGACCCGGAUCCCAAGCGCCUGCAAGCCGAGGCCAGCGUGGCUCUGGGCCGCGGGGAUUGCACGCUGCGCCUGGCCGCCGAGUACUGUCCGCGCAGCGCGUGUCUCCGCCUCCGCCUGCUGCGCGCUGAGGGUCCGGCCGCCGCGCUCGAACCCCGAGCCCUGGGCUGCCGCCUCAGCCUGGUGCUGCGGCCGUCGGGCCAGCAGCGCGCCAGCGUUUUCCGACGCAGCCGCAAGGCCGCCCUGGACCAGGACUGCUGCUUCGAUGGGCUCUCGGAGGAGCAGCUGCGCCGCCUGGCCGUGCGCAUCAAGGCUGAGAGCAAGGGUCGAGGGCUGGAGCGUGGAAGGCCGCUGGGCCAGGGUGAGCUGCUGCUGGGCUCGCUGCUGCUGCUCUGAGCCCUGAUUCCGUGGGGCCAUGGACACUGAAGGUCGCUUGGCCCUGAGAUGCUCACACUCUUGACUUUGGGACAUUCAGAGCCUCUUGGACGCUGACAGUGCUUUGGCCCUGGGGCACACACAACCUCUUGGUUC